AUGAGGUACCGCAAAGCUGGAUUCACAAAAUGUAGCUCGGGCAACAUCGUAGUUGGCGGCUUUGACAUCACGACCUGCACAAGAGACGCCCGCGAGAGCUUUGGUUAUUGCCCUCAAAAUAACAUACUCUUCAACGACCUCACGGUUGAGGAGCACCUGAUCUUCUUCGCUACGGUCAAGGGCACUCCCUACGAGCACGUGCGGCUGGAAGUGGUCACCCUUCUGCACGACUUGGACCUCAUGCCGUACCGUUCAGAACUGGCCGUCAACCUUUCCCUAGGCUUGCAGAGGCGCCUGUGUAUAGCCGUGGCUAUUGUGUCCAAGCCAAAGGUGGUCAUCCUAGACGAACCCACGGCCAACAUGGAUCCGGAAGGCCGUCGUGAGAUGUGGGAGCUGCUCCUCAAGAUACGCCGGAACUGUUCCGUCUUCCUCACGACGCAGCAUCUCGACGAAGCUGACGUGCUGGGUGACCGGAUCAUCAUCUUGGCCAGUGGUCAUGUCCGGUGUGCUGGUUCCCCAGCAUUUCUGAAACAUCGCUUCGGCACGGGGUACCACAUUAUCAUCAACAAGGGGCAGGAAGGAUGCGAUAUCACAUCCAUUGAGACUCUUCUCCGCAAGUACGCGCCCAAAGCCAAGCUGGAGAGUAACUCGCCCAACGAGGCCGUCUUCAUCUUGGGGCAGAUUGUCUCCACACGUCUCACCGUCACCAUGUUCAAGGACUUGGAACAGCGCAGCAAGGAACUUGGCAUCGACACUAUCGGCGUCAGGGUGACUUCUCUCGAAGACGUGCUCGUCCAAGUCGGCGAAGAGCACCACGAUGCGAGGCAAUUUGAGAUCGGAGAGCAGCAUGCCUCCAUGUUUGCUGUCAAGGACGACCUAGUGAAGGUGAUGGCCACCACAGUGUCCGAGAAUCCGGGCCUGCUGACACAGAUGUGGGCCGUGCUUGCCAAGCGCGCCACGUGCAUCUGGCGCGAAAAGAAGCAGUCGCUCUUGAGCUGGCUGCUGCCUCCGCUGCUGCUGACGGUGCUCUUCCAGUUUGAGUACAUGGCGCUGCGCCGCAGCAACUGGGACGUCGAGCGGGUAUCCGACACGCUCGCCUUCACAUUCCCCGACGUGGUGCACUUUGCACAGGGAUACGUGCAAAUCAAGCACCCGAAGGAUGAGAAGUUCUUCUACGACUACAUACGGCCUCAGCUGAGCGCAAGCUCCCAUUUCCUGCAAACCAUCAGUCCAGACAUGGACGUUACCGAAAAGGCUCUUAAUAUAUCAAAAUGGAACCUGCGUUACUAUAUAUUUGGCGUGCACUACGGAUUUCAGUUUCUAGACGAAAACAGGUAAAAAAUAUUUUUUUUUUAAACGUGCCGUUUUGAAUCUUUUUCUGAGAAGAACGUUUUGCCAACUUUCAGGGUGUGAAGGCGAGAGCCGCU